UUUUCAUUCUUCUGGUAUUGUUUUUUCAAUAAAGAAAGAGAAGAAGAAAAAAGAGUCAGUUUAUUUCCAAAUUCCAACAAAUAACCUACUGGCUGCAUUUAGUCAACGCUCCAAUUUGCAAAAGAAGUAAUUUGGAGGGAGUUAUCUUUCUCUCUCUGUCCUUCCCGUUCUCUCUCUCUUCCGAAUUUCCACAACGUCGACUUGUUCCAAGUUCCAACCUUUUCCCUCCCUCCAAAAACCUCAAAUCAAUCCAAAACAGAACUACGCAAAACCUUCCAAAGCAAAAUCAAUACAAAAACCCCAAACACAGUAAAAGGGAACAAAAGCGGGAAAAAAAAUUGGAUUUUUCCUCAUCCACCCAGUCAUGGCUUAACUCCUCAGGUUCCUUUACCGCAAUUCAAUGGCGGAAAACAUCAGAACAGAAGCUACAGGUCAUACAGAAGCGAAAAGGCCUUCAAUUUCUCUUCCUCCGCGUCCCAGCGAUGAAAGCCUCUUCCGCCUUGAGCCUGCGGAAGCAAGCCCUAAUCCGAUGAACUUGGUUUCGAGUUUCUUCUCCGAGGAUCCUGAAUCCGACUGUCGUUCUUUCUCGCAGUUACUCGCCGGCGCGAUUACGUUGCCGGAGACGAGGACGACGGCGGAAGCGGCGACGGGGGAAGGGAGAGGAAGAGGAGGCGGUUUGAAUUUAGGGCAAAGCCAGGCGAUGAAUUUGUUGGCGGGGCAGUCGCCGUUUUUCAUGGCGCAGUCGGAUUUAAGUCCUGGAGGCCUGCUUGAUUUCCCUGCUAUCUUUUCGUCUAAUUUGAUGCAGGGGCAACUUGGAUUGGCACAUCAACAAGCUUCCCAUUCUCAACUGCAAAUGCAUUUGCAGUCGGAAAAUCCAUCCUCUCUUUUCUCAGCCUCGUUGUCGCGGUCAUUCCCUACAGUUAAGAUGCCAAAAGUCCUACAUAUGCCAGCCACAACUUUGGAUUCAAACGCUUAUUGCUCUGAGGUUGCUAGUGCCUCUCAUUCUGAUCAAGUACCUUUUCCAGUGCCUAUUGUUGUCGAUAAACCUGUCGAUGAUGGCUACAAUUGGCGGAAAUACGGGCAGAAACAAGUGAAGGGAAGUGAAUAUCCCAGGAGUUAUUACAAAUGUACCCAGCCAAAUUGUCCUGUAAAGAAAAAGGUUGAGCGUUCUGUGGAUGGCCAAGUGACCGAGAUAAUCUAUAAGGGAAAACAUAACCACCAGAAGCCUCCAUCAAAUAAACGAGGAAAAGAAGCUAACAUGCCAAAUGGUUCAGCUGAGUUAAAUGGGCACAUUGGAUUUCUUACCAAUUCGGAAUCCCAUUCGCAAGGUAAUGCUAUCACUGGUUUAUCUAAGAGAGACCGUGAAUCCGGAAAUGUUGCCUAUGAUCAGUUAUCUGGUUCUAGUGAUGGUGAGGAAGUUGGUGAUCAUGAAGGAAUGGAUGAAAGAGAUUAUGGUGAAUCUGACCAGAAGAAAAGGAACCUGGAAACCAAGUUAAUUGAGUCAGCUUCUCAUAGAACAGUAACAGAAGCAAGGAUCAUUGUGCAGACAACAAGCGAAGUGGAUCUCCUGGAUGAUGGCUAUAGAUGGCGCAAAUAUGGGCAAAAAGUGGUUAAAGGCAAUCCUCAUCCAAGGAGUUAUUACAAGUGCACCAACGCAGGAUGCAGUGUUCGCAAACAUGUUGAGAGGGCAUCAAAAGAUCCCAAAGCAGUCAUAACAACUUACGAAGGGAAACAUAAUCAUGAUGUCCCAGCUGCUCGGAAUAGCAGCCACAGCACCGCGGCUGCUGCUUCUAAUAGCUCUAAACCUCAGAAUAUUCAUGGAAGAUCAGACCCAUUAAACAAUGUGCAUCGGCCAAUUGCAGUUUUUCAAUUGAAAGAAGAACGGGAAAUAAUGUAAGACUUUUGACCGUUGGUUUUUUUAAAUUCUGAUGGUUUCAGAUCCAUCAUCUUGCUGUUUCAGCUGCAACCUGACAGGUAGUAACAGGUUUUACAGUUAACCCGAAAAUACAAGAUUGAUUAUCUAAGCCUGUAUGUAUUUGUUCAUGUUGUAUUGUAACAAUGAUUCAUUCCUUUCUGUACUUGUCAGGUCUUGUUUUGGUCAGUGUGUUUAAAUUCAUAUGUUAAAUCAAUAAGAUAUGUCAAAAACUAUAUUUGUAAAUUAUUCUCUUCAAUGAAAUUUUAUAGUGGGUUUUCUGUAA